CAAAUGUGUUUGUUUUCAGUUUCAAUAUAUAUAUAUAUAUAUAGCUAUGUAUAUACAAAGCAUAUAACUAGAUAACAAACUAAACAUUUUUAUAAAUGUAAAGAUGGAAGCAGGACUACCAUCAUAUUUUACUCUAGCUGAUGAAAUAGGACGUGGAGCAUUCUGUGUCAGUAAGAGGUGUAUUGACUUGCGAGAUCAACAAGAGUAUGCUGUCAAGAUUGUGAACUUAUACCAACUGGCUGUGUCAACUAACCUCACAGAAGAAGAUAUUGAAAGAGAAGUUCGAAUAUGUAGAAGAUUAAGCCAUCCACAUAUAGUUGAAGUGUACGAAAGUUUUAAAGUGGAAAAUGAAGUAUACAUUAUCAGUGAAUUAUUAAGUGGCUUGGAUCUAUGUUAUGAAAUUGUAAAUAAAGUAAAUGCUGGAUUCGUUUACAGUGAAGCUGUGGCUAGCCAUUAUGUUCGACAAGUUUUGGAAGGAUUGGCCAUGAUUCAUGAGUGUGGUAUCGUGCAUAGGGACAUGAAGCCACACAAUGUAAUGCUUGCAUCACAAGAUGAAGCAGCUCCUGUCAAGAUUGGAGACUUUGGAAUAGCUAUUGAAAUGCCUGAAUGUGGUUACAUUAAAAGUGGUCGUAUCGGCACUCCUCAUUUUAUGGCACCAGAAGUUGUAAACAGGCAACCAUAUGGAUUUCCAGUAGAUAUUUGGGGAUGUGGUGUGAUAUUAUACAUCCUUUUGGGAGGUACCUUUCCAUUUCAUGGAAUUGGAGACACUCUAUUUGAGCUGAUUGCUGAAGGCAACAUUUCUAUGUCUUCAAAAACAUGGGAUUAUAUUUCAUCUUCUGCAAAAGAGUUGGUAAAGCGAAUGUUAGAGUAUGACCCGAAUGAACGUAUAACUGCCACUGAAGCUCUUGAACAUGCAUGGCUGACGGAAAGAGAUAAUGUUGGUAAAAUGCACCUAUCUGAAUCUAUACACGAAUUAAAAAAAUUUAAUGCAAGAAGGAAACUAAAGGGUGCUGUCAUUGCUACAAUGGCAAGCAGGUCUCUUCAAGCAGGUAGCCGAGCUGAUAAAAUGCAGAUCAGUGCAACAUCAUCAUACAGUUCCUUACACCACUAUGCAAGAAAAAAUGACACAGCUUCUGGUGCAGGUGUUGUAUUGCAGUUAAUAGAUGCUUUGGACCAUAUCGGUGAUCUGACAAAUGCAGCCAAGCCAGACAUUCAUUUCCUACAAUGUUUGUUUGAGAACAGAAGGCUUCAAGCAAUAUUAGAGAUUCAUUCAUUAUCACAAAAAGCAUCAAGCAAUUUGGAUAUCAAAAAAGCAGAGUCAAAUGCUGUAGAAGCUCAUUAUGAGGUUGAACUGUUGUUGAGCUCUUUAAAAGAGUUGGACAGCACUUGUCUUGAACUAAAAAUACUUUUAAGCAAUCCGCAUGUUAUGGCAGUAAUUCAAAGUCAUGAUAAUAUCAUAAAAGAAUUACAAGGAAAAAACAACAUAUAUGAGGAAUAUAAACCAAGCAUACCUGAAGGAUUUACUGGAAAUUUAACUAGAGUGCGACUUGUUCAAUUUACAAAAAACAAUAGUGAACCCAUGGGUAUAACACUAAAAGUAAACGAAGAAAAACAAUGUGUUGUAGCAAGAAUCAUUCAUGGUGGUAUGAUACAUCGACAAGGCACGUUGAAAGUUGGUGACGUCAUCCGAGAGAUAAAUGGUGUAAAUGUGCAUGGACGUUCGAUUGAGCAAUUACAACAGUUACUGAGAGAUGCAGUUGAUGUCACAUUUAAAAUUAUUCCAAGUGCACGAUGUGAAGAAGUGGAACAAAAAAAGCUCUACAUGAAAUGUUUGUUUGAUUAUGAUCCACGGGCCGAUCACAUAAUUCCCUGCCAACAAGCUGGUAUGCCGUUUAAAUGUGGUGACAUUAUAGAAAUUGUCUCAAAAUCUGAUUAUGAGUGGUGGCAGGCUCGAAAAGAAGGAGAAAAGCAAAUAGCUGGUCUUGUUCCUUCACCUGAACUACAAGAAAGAAGAAUAGCAAACAUGGCAAUAGAAAGGCGUGCAAAAGGCGAAAAUAUAACUUGUAUAUGGCCGCGAAAAAAGAAGUUAAAAUCCCGUGGGAACAAAAAAUAUUCUAUAAGACUAAAUACAGCUUUCGACAAAUUAGAUCUGGUGACUUAUGAGGAAGUAUUUUUUCAAAAAACGUUUCAAAGAAAAACUCUUGUUCUAAUCGGUGCACAUGGAGUUGGUAGAAGACACAUUAAACAUUCUUUAAUCUCAAGAUAUCCUGAAAAGUAUGGUUACCCUAUACCUCACACGUCUCGUCGUCGCAAAUCAGACGAACGUAACGGAGAAAGCUGGCAUUUUAUUAGUGAAGAAGAUAUGUUGUCGUCGAUUUCAAAACACCAUUUUCUAGAGUACGGCCAACACGAAGGUUCGCUGUACGGCACAAAGUUAUCGGCAGUGCGAGAUGUUAUUCGUGACGGAAAAAUUCCUAUUCUAGACAUAGAAACACCGGCGUUGAAGAUUCUCCGUUGUAAGGAGUUCUCACCAUAUCUCGUAUUCGUUUCUUCACCUUCAACCUUUCCAAAUAGCGGCGAUACCAAAAUGGAUGCUAGCUUGCAGAAAUUGGUUUCCGAAUCUAACGAUUUAAAAAAUCGGUAUAAACAUUUGUUCGAUCACACGAUUGUAAAUAACACGAUUGAAGAUACUGUCGAAGAUCUCAUCAGCCACAUGCAACAAUUAGAACAUUCUUCAGAAUGGGUUCCAGCUUCUUGGAUGUACUGAUAAUAACCAACCUACUUAUGCACAACAGUAGACAUAAAAUGUCUCCUGGUCUUCGUGUUAACUGAACACAUAACGCAUUGCUUUUUGGAGUUUACUUGAAUGAAGAGCCAGGGCGUUAAACCACCUGGCGAUUGAGCGUCCAUUUAACCUAAUGGGCGGUUCAAGUUACAACACCUUAGUGUCAAUGUGCGCUUCGUUAAAUGUUUUAGUCGCAGUGUUGAUAAGAUGUAAUAUAUAUAUUUUUUGCUAUUUGUUCGGUUUUUUGUUUUUUAAUAUUUUGUUAACGGUAUUUUAAAUACUGUGAAAUUCUGCUAAAACUUUUUAUAACGAUCCAUAUUUUAUGUGAUAUUUUAUACUUUUGCGUUUUAUUUAUUUAUAUCACAAAUCAUUAGACAUCGCCUUUGUUCUGUACAGAUGAUUUCAUAAAGAAUUGUUUCGAUACAUCCUCGUUCCCAAAGCUCUUUUAAAUAAACCUUGUUCAAAGAAGUCUGGGAACGAGAAUGGUGGAGUUACCUUUUUUUUACCACACGUGCGUGUGUUGGAUGGCCAACGAUGGAUAUUUCUAUUUAUGCACGAGCAGAUUGUGUUAUAUUUUCUUAUUUAAAAAAUAUUUACUUGUUGUCUUCCAUAUUACUGAAAUUUGCUAUGUUCCGCUAAAUGGUUGAACGCGCUCUCAAAUAAAUGUCUCUCCUUAGCUCCUUUGAUCAUAGUAGUGCAUGGAAAUUCACAAACUUUAUAAAAUUAUCGUUUUUUGCACGCUUAAAAACCAUUCACUAAGCAUCGAACAUCCCUGCUACAAAGCCAGGCAGCAAAGUGGUCCUUGUAGAUUUGUUCUAUUACUAUAAGAUAAAAGAUAAAUUGAUAUAUAAUUAUAUGAUAAAUAUAAUAUAUGAAAAACGCUUGGAAUAAUUUAGAAAAGUUUAUAAGUGUAGCUAUACCUCAGAGCACGUGGUGUACCUCGGAGCACGUGGUAAACCUCGAAGCACGUGGUGUACCCUUUUUAUAGAAAUGAUCAUAACUUGUACUGAAAGUAUGUUUUAGAAACGACAAAUCUAUGUUAGUCGUGGUAUUGUAAAUGACUUUUCCACGACAAAGUUUAUUUCUUAGAAUGUAAGUUGACAUCUAGGAUAAAGUUUAUUUUGUUUACAAAGAAGACUUAAAUAUAUAAUUUUUUAUAUUUUG